UCCCAGCCACGCACACCCGUGCGCUGGGUUUAUUCCAACAUUCCCGACGUGCCCGGCCCGGCGGUUGAGCGCGGCGGCCGACUCCAGGACGGCGGCGGGCCCACCCUUCUACGUCCUGCCCAGCCGCCUCUCGGACCCAGCCCGCUGCUCCGCUGCCUGAAGAAGGCGGCCUUGCCGGUGCCGCCGUGCCGGUGCCGUGAUGGUGGUGGACGGUCGGAGUCCGACGACUGCCGCAGCCACUUCUCGGCGUCCUCCCACUUGGACGGCACCGACCUGCACGGGGGGCGACGAGCUGGUGGUGGUGCGCGGGGCUCGCGAAGAACUGCAUCGGCCGCCCCGGUGUCGCCGGGACGACCUGCUGCGGUGGCUCCGCGCGUCGCCUCUGCGCUGAGGCCGCGGAGGAUGAGGACGCCGCCGUGCCGUUCUGUACCCCGGCCUCCGCGCGCCGGACCGCGACGCCGGAGCCGCCGCUCCUGCCCCGUCCUCCGUGCCGACCCGCGAUUCACGGGAAUGGCUAUGGCACAGAGUGGCUGCCGUCGCCUGGCCGGCCGCAGGAGAGGAGUGGCGCCGGCGCUGCCGCCCGACCGGCCGCGGGCGAGGAGCGCGGUGAUGGUCAGGCCGCACUCGGGAGCGGUGGCACCAGUCACCGGGUCGGCUGCGGGCACUCGGGCCGCAGGCAAGGAGAGGCGACGCCGGAUCAGAGGCGUGAGCCUCGUGGCCGGCUGGCAAGGAGAGACGGGGUUGGCCUCGGAGCCGGCUGUGCUGGGGAGUAGCGGUGCCGGGCUGGACGCACUUACCUCCUGGCAGGCUGCAGCGAGGAGCGGCGGGGAGCAGUGGCGCCGGGCCGCCGGCGGUGAGGAGCGGCGGGGUCGGCUGCCGUGGGCGCCGGGCCGGACGUCCUUGCAUCCUGAUCUGCUAUUUUUUUGUCUGGUUUCUCAAUGCACGUCUAUGUUUUUACUACAACCAUAGGCAGCAAGUUUCUUACUGCAGACGUUCGUCCAGCAAGGUCAUCAGGAUCUGCUAGAUAACUGGAUUGAAGUAUUGAACCUGCUGCCUAUGUUCCCGAACAGGAAUACUAGGCUGCUUUCUCUCUGUUCCAAAAGGACACCAUCAUUCAGGCUUGCCGGAGGGCAGACUGCCGGACGUUUAGGUGGAGGCGGAGCCGGCGCAUCCUGGUUCCACUUGA